CCGGAGCCCUUAUCCCCGCUCGGGGGCUGGAUUCGGCUUCUCGACCGAGGCCUCAUUGCCUGGGCCUCCUGCCGUAGCCUCGGAGUUUCCUCCGCGGUCGCUGAGGUUGCGAAUAUGUGACAAUAGGUGGAACUGUUAGCAGAGUGAAGUGUCCAAAUAAACAUCACUAGGACAACAUGUAGUUCAGUCCAAGCUAAGGAAUAAGAGCACCUUUCUGCACGGAAAUUGGUAAUGGUGUUAAUGCUUUACUGCUGAAAGGCACCUGUGGGUUGUGACGGCUGAGCAGUGGUGGGGGAAGAAGUGUAGAUAAGGAAAGUAUAAAACAGUCACCAUGACAUCCUCAUCUCUUAGAAGACAGAUGAAAAACAUUGUAAACAAUUACUCAGAAGCAGAGAUAAAAGUCCGAGAGGCCACAUCGAAUGAUCCUUGGGGUCCCUCGAGUUCACUGAUGGCAGAAAUCUCUGACCUGACAUACAAUGUGGUGGCUUUCUCCGAGAUUAUGAGCAUGAUUUGGAAACGCCUCAAUGAUCACGGAAAGAACUGGCGGCACGUGUACAAGGCACUCAUGUUGAUGGACUAUUUGAUCAAGACGGGCUCUGAACGAGUGGCACAACAGUGCAAAGAAAAUGUCUUUGCCAUUCAGACACUGAAGGACUUCCAGUACAUCGAUCGAGAUGGAAGGGACCAGGGUAUCAAUGUGCGGGAGAAAUCAAAACAGCUGAUCGCGUUACUUAAAGAUGAUGAGAGGCUUCGGGUUGAGCGGAGUCAUGCGCUGAAGACAAAGGAGCGGAUGUCAAGCGUGACAACUGCAGUAGGCAGCAAUAACCAAAUCAUGUUUGGGCGAGGCUCCAGCCAUCCAAAUCUGUCCACCAGCCAAUCAGAUGAGUGUGGCAAAAUAGGAGGAUCGCCUGCUUCCUACCAUGGCUCAACUUCACCAAAGAUCUCCUCCGAGUUGGAACAAACACGACCCCAAACCAGUGGUGAGGAGGAACUGCAGCUUCAGUUGGCACUGGCCAUGAGUCGGGAAGAGGCUGAACAGAUCUUCAAAAGUGCCACCACAGCUGGCAGCCAACAAAGGAACACUGUGCUGACCCUGAGUGCACAGGAUGAACAGCAUCGCCGUGGUGAUGACCUGCGUUUACAGCUGGCGUUAGAAGAGAGCCGACAGAAACUGCAAAUGCCAGGCAUGGCUCCCCACAAAACCGAGACUGCUUUACUGGACCUGACAGACUCCACACCAUCUCCCCUGACCCAGAAAUCUGAUCCCUGGGGAGCACCACUGCCAUCAACAUCCACUACCAAGCCUGACCCAUGGGCAGCUGUGUGCCGGCCAGUGUCCAAUGACCCCUGGAAGCAGAUGGCAGGUUCCCGACUGGCUGCCGCGACUUCUGAUCCAUGGGGAUCCUCUGGCCGUCGUUUGUCAGGAGAGCAGCAGUCAAGAAGCACAGAUCCCUGGGGUUCAGCUGCAGCAGCACCUGACAGAGAUCCCUGGGCACCUACUUCUCCCCCAGGUAAGAUGUGACCAAGACAUGUAGAGGACAUUAGUGAGAAGGAUCCUUCAUCUGAUCACUUUUAA